CCUUAAAACAACAAUGAAUAAGGCUGUGUCCCAAAUGGCACCAUAUUCCCUAUAUAGUGCACAGCCUUUUUAUCAGAGCUCUAUGCUAAUAGGGUGCCAUUUUGGAUGAAGCCCAAUACUAUUGUCCUCUUGUUCAGUUUUUAUACACAUUUAUACAAAAUAUAAAAACAGAAAUACCUUAUUUACAUAAGUAUUCAGACCCUUUGCUAUGAGACUCGAAAUUGAGCUCAGGUGCAUCCUGUUCCUAUUGGGGCGAAUGUUCACCUUACAGCAGGGAAACGACCCUAAGCACACAGCCAAGACAACACAGGAGUGGCUUUGGGACAAGUCUCUGAAUGUUCUUGAGUGGCCCAGCCAGAGCCCAGACUUGAACCUGAUUGAACAUCUCUGGAGAGACCUGAAAAUAGCUGUGCAGCAAAGCUACCCAUCCAACCUGACAGAACUUGAGAGGAUCUGCAGAAAAGAAAGGGAGAAACUCCACAAAUACAUGCACUAUGCCAAGCUUGUAGCAUCAUACCCAAGAAGAUUUGAGGCUGUAAUCGCUGCCAAAGGUCCUUCAACAAAGUACUGAGUAAAUGGUCUGAAUACUUAGUAAAUGUGAUAUUUCCGUUUUUGAUUUUGUAUACAUUGUAGAAAUAAGGUUGUAAUGUAACAAAAUGUUUAAAAAAGUCAAGGGGUCUGAAUAGUUUCCGAAUGCACUGUAUUAUACAGUAAAGUGAAUCUCUGUCUCAUUGAUGGAGACCAGUCAUUUCAUUUCAAUAUCUUUAAUAUUGAGAUUCUUCACUCACUUUUAGUCCAAAUUAGGCUUGGGCAGUAUACCGGGGUAUUUGGAAAAAGCCACGGCAUGGUUUUUCAAUACCUUCAUCUAUUUAUUUUAAGUUUUUUUAAUAAAUGUGAAUAUUUGUAGCUACUUUUUAAGUUAAUACCUGCAGUGAACUUGUGCAAUGCAUUAGCAGAUAAAACAGAUUGCGUUCUUCAUUUCACUUGUCACAUUAUUUUACAUUAUGAAGCUUACCAUUGUUAGGUUCUGACAACUAGGAAAAGCUCAAACCAAGUUUAUUCACCCACUGAGUCAAACAGCUGCAAAAACAUGUUUAAACAAGCACAUAUUUAUACCCUCCUACUAGGAGGAGUCAACUCCUUGUACGUAUAGACAGCCAACACAUCUUUGUUGCUAUUCAGGAACUUAAUUAGUUCCUCUCACUGGUUUAGUCAUGGCCCUGCCUCCUGUUAGAACCUUUGUGGGCGUGUAAGUAUAUGUGUGUAACAGGACUGUUCCUUCUCACUUCAUCUGACCUUGGGCUGAAUUACUCACUCCUCCCUACUCCACAGUCCUACCUUAUCAGUGACUGAAACCAGACUUUUGCCCUUUGCCUCUCUCCAUAGGAUCCAUGAGAUAACAUGUUUGACAGAAUGCAAACUUCCUGCCUCCCCCUUGUCUUACUCAGUAACUUUCCAUACACCUAGUUAUCAUCCAGUUCUUAAUAUAUACAUUCAUUAAAUGUAAAGUAAUCAAUAAAUUCUAGUAUCGUAACAUGAAUAAGUGUAUUUAAUAUUAGAAUCCUACACCGUACUUCCCCAAAAGAGUUGAGCCAGUCAUGUGUUUGUAAAUAGCACAACAGGAGAAUAAAGAUUUUUUUUUAAAUAAAGUUUUUCAAUUUACCCUAUAUUUAACUAGACCAAUAAUUAUUUACAAUGACGGCCUACACCGGCCAAACACGUACGACGCUGGGCCAGUUCUGCGCCUGGAGAAAGCGAGCUGGUGAGUCCAUAGCAUUCAAUAUUUAUCGGCAAGUCAUUUCCGCGGCGCACAUUAGGUGGUGAUUUGCACAAUUGCUCUCCUUCACAUUCACAUUCAGUCUGAAUUUUUUUUUAUAUUCUGCAUUCUGGUAAUAUAGGCUAAAUGGGCUUUUCUUGCAUUUUUUGCGCCCCCGUGGUGGGCUAUGCCGGUAAUACCGUAAAUCCUGGGAUAAGAAGGACUGUAUGACAAUAUGAAUGUAGCCCACCAAGCCUAGUGCAAAUUGAGUUCCUCAGGAGAGGCAGAUGGUUACAUAGAUGCAUAGAGAUCAGCUUUUAUGAAUCUUGUGUAAGUAUUUUUGUAUUAAUUCAACAACAAAAAAUAUUCAUUUGAUAUUGAUCAAAAUUACCAAAGCGAGCGAAGCCCGAUCUUAAGUAGGAUGCCAAAUCUGAUUUGAUUGUUUUCUAAAAAUAGGUUUGGAAAUUGGCCAGUGUAAUGAGAUUAGUCCUUGUCCAGAAUGCAUUCUGUUAUGCCAUAGGGUGGGUCUCCUCUCUCUCUCUCUCCUUCUCUCUCUCUCUCACUCACUCACUCACUCACUCACUCACUCACUCACUCACUCACUCACUCACUCACUCACUCUCUCACACUCUCUCUCUCACUCUCUCUCUCACUCUCUCUCUCUCACUCAACCCUUCCCUCCUCUCCCCUAAGAAAUAAAUGUUUAGUCAAGGCCUUCAGAUGUACUAAGGGCAUCAGCCCCUUGUCUGUUCAUGGACAUUGACCCUGGACAUAAGGGACAGAGUCUGACAACGCCCACAGACCAAGGACAAUUCACUCAACAUGUAACAGACAGGGAGAGAAAAAUCUAUUGAUUUUGAUUACAUGCAUUGAUUACACACACACACACACACACACACACACACACACACACACACACACACACACACACACACACACACACACACACACACACACACACACACACACAAAAGAAAUGGAAUGAGUAGGUUUAUCUACUUCAGCAAACAGUGUGGGUGUCCUCAAGCACUUAAUCACCCCAAAGUGUUCAAAAUCAGAGGUCAAGUGGUGCCAGGUACCACAGGGAAAGGCCAGGUGUGGUCUCAGACCUCUGUUAGGAACCCAGUUGCCACAGGGAAAGGCCAUGUGUGGUCUCAGACCUCUGUUAGGAACCCAGUUGCCACAGGAAAAGGCCGGGUGUGGUCUCAGACCUCUGUUAGGAACCCAGGUACCACAGGGAAAGGCCAGGUGUGGUCUCAGACCUCUGUUAGGAACCCAGGUACCACAGGGAAAGGCCAGGUGUGGUCUCAGACCUCUGUUAGGAACCCAGUUGCCAAAGGGAAAGGCCAGGUGUGGUCUCAGACCUCUGUUAGGAACCCAGGUACCACAGGGAAAGGCCAGGUGUGGUCUCAGACCUCUGUUAGGAACCCAGGUACCACAGGGAAAGGCCAGGUGUGGUCUCAGACCUCUGUUAGGAACCCAGGUACCACAGGGAAAGGCCGGGUGUGGUCUCAGACCUCUGUUAGGAACCCAGUUGCCACAGGGAAAGGCCAGGUGUGGUCUCAGACCUCUGUUAGGAACCCAGGUACCACAGGGAAAGGCCAGGUGUGGUCUCAGACCUCUGUUAGGAACCCAGGUACCACAGGGAAAGGCCAGGUGUGGUCUCAGACCUCUGUUAGGAACCCAGGUACCACAGGGAAAGGCCAGGUGUGGUCUCAGACCUCUGUUAGGAACCCAGGUACCACAGGGAAAGGCCAGGUGUGGUCUCAGACCUCUGUUAGGAACCCAGGUACCACAGGGAAAGGCCAGGUGUGGUCUCAGACCUCUGUUAGGAACCCAGUUGCCACAGGGAAAGGCCAGGUGUGGUCUCAGACCUCUGUUAGGAACCCAGGUACCACAGGGAAAGGCCAGGUGUGGUCUCAGACCUCUGUUAGGAACCCAGGUACCACAGGGAAAGGCCAGGUGUGGUGUCAGACCUCUGUUAGGAACCCAGGUACCACAGGGAAAGGCCGGGUGUGGUCUCAGACCUGUUAGGAACCCAGUUGCCAGAUUUGGCCAGGUGUGGUUUCAGACCUCCGUUCAGAUAUAAAGGACAAAGACCUGAGAGCGAUGAGAUUUAUUGUUAUUGAACUAACAUCGUCCCCAGGUUGGCUGGAGGACCAGACUAUAACUGAUUCCCAUGAUCCAUUUUCUGACGUUGAGGAGAAAGGGAGAUGACACAGCAGGGAAAUGUAGAUUUUUACCAUGGUGACAUUUUCAGCAGGUGGGCGUUUUCCAAUCCAACUUUUCGCAAUUGAGACAAAAGUAAUACAAAGGGAGGAGAAAUUCAACAGGGAAGAAUGUGAUUAAUGAUAGUGGAUGUUUUUGGGUGAUUUUUCCUGGCUAAAUAUAGGCCCACUUCCCAUCCACACAUUGAUUCAUUUGGUUUAAUUGAUCCUUUCAGCAACACUGAACUCAGUCCUUUGGGUUUUCCCUUCCUUCGUUUACCCAAAGGAAAGAGAAACCUUCACACUGCUCUUAGUGUCACUUAUUUUAUUCAAGCUAAUGUGUCGGACUCUUAGUCUUCGUCAGAGCUUUUAUUUUUGAGAGUCAGCAUCAGCGAGCAGAAUUGAAGAAGUUGGGGAUUUUUUGUUGUUGAAUUUAACCUUUAUUUAACCACAAAAGACACUUGAGGUUAGAAACCUCUUUUUGUACCAUUUAACAGACAUCAUACACAUACUUCCUCAAGGAUGAAUCCUGCAAUGUUAUGGUUGUUUUUGGGGUUUGGCAUGACUCCAGUUGGUUCAUGUCAGAGCAGAGCCGUUCCCUGGCUGCAAGCUGUCACCCUGACCAACACUGACACUGCCAGCCCCUCCCGCUCUCUCUUUCUCUCUCCCCCGUGUCCCAGUUUUCAAUGAACUGUGUUAAUCCUGCAACUGGGUAAUCUGAACCCUUUAAACCUUGGAGCCUGAGCAGUAGUUGACUUUCCUAUGUUUUAACCCAUUCUCCUCUGAUUUAUAAUUUCUCUCCCCUACCUGUCCG